UACUACUACUACCACUAGUACUACUACUACUAAUAAAAUUAGUAAUACUACUACUACUUCUAGUACUACGAUUAAUACUAGUACUACUACUACUACUACAACUACUACUAGAACUACUACUACUAAUACUAGUACUACUAGUACUAAUACUACUACUAUUACUAAUAGUACUAGUAAUACCACUAGUACUACUACUACUACUAGUACUAAUACUACUACUACUAGUAAUACUACUACUACUUCUAGUACUACUAUUAUUAUUAGUACAACUACUACUACAACUAUUACUAAUAAUACUACUACUAAUAUUACUACUACUACUACCAGUACUACUACUAGUACUACUACUAAUACUACUAGUACUGAUACUACUACUACUACUACUACUAGUACUACUAAUACUACUAAUAGUACUACUACUACUAGUACUACUACUACUACCACUACUACUACUAGUACUACUAGUAGUACUACUACUACUACUAGUACUACUACUAAUACUAGUACUAGUAUUACUACUACUACUAGUACUACUACCACUAGUACUACUACUAAUACUAGUACUAAUACUACUACUACUACUACUAGUACUACUACUACUACUAGCACUGAUACUACUAAUACUAUUGCUACUACUAGUACUACUACUACUACUAGUGCUACUACUAAUAAUACUAUACUAGUACUACUAGUAUUACUACUACUACUUUUCUACUAUACUACAAUUAAUACUAGUACUACUACUACUACUACAACUACUACUAGUACUACUACUACUACUAGUACUAGUACUACUAGUACUAUUAAUACUACUAUUACUAGUAGUACUACUAAUACCACUAGUACUACUACUACUACUAGUACUACUACUAAUACUACUAGUAAUACUACUACUACUUCUAGUACUACUACUAAUACUAGUACAACUACUACUACUACAACUACUACUAAUAAUACUACUACUAAUAUUACUACUACUACUACUACCAGUACUACUACUAGUACUACUACUAAUAGUACUUGUACUGAUACUACUACUGAUACUACUAGUACUAAUACUACUACUAGUACUACUACCACUAGUACUACUACUACUACCACCAAUACUACUACUACUAGUACUACUAGUAGUACUACUAAUACUACAAGUACUACUACUACUACUAGUACUAGUAUUACUACUAUUACUAGUACUACUACUACUACUACUAGUACUACUACUACUACUAGUACUACUACUACUAUUACUAAUAAUACUACUACUACUACUAGUACUACUACAACUACUACUACUAGUAUUACUACUACUACUACUAGUACUACUACUACUACUAGUACUACUACUAGUACUAUGAGUACUACUACUACUAUUACCAGUACUAAUAACACGACUACGACUACUAGUACAACUACUAGUACUACUAGUAAUACUACUACUACUACUAGUAGUAAUAAUACUAGUAAUACUACUACUACCAGUACUACUACUACUAUUACUACUACUACUUUUCUACUAUAUACUACUACUAAUAAAAGUACUUCUACUACUACUUCUACUUCUACUACUACUACUAGUAAUACUACUACUACUUCUAGUACUACUACUAAUACUAGUACAACUACUAAUACUACAACUACUACUAAUAAUACUACUACUAAUAUUACUACUACUACUACCAGUACUACUACUAGUACUACUACUAAUACUACUAGUACUGAUACUACUACUACUACUGCUACUAGUAGUACUACUAAUACUACUACUAGUACUACUACUACUAGUACUACUACUACUACCACCAAUACUACUACUACUAGUACUACUAGUAGUACUACUAAUACUACAAGUACUACUACUACUACUAGUACUAGUAUUACUACUACUACUAGUACUACUACUACUACUAGUACUACUACUACUACUAGUACUACUAAUACUAGUACUAAUAAUACUACUAUUACUACUAGUACUACUACAACUACUACUACUAGUACUACUACUACUACUACUAGUACUACUACUAGUAGUAUGAGUACUACUACCACUACUACCAGUACUAAUAACACUACUACUACUACUAGUACAACUAUUAGUACUACUAGUAAUACUACUACUACUACUAGUAAUACUACUAGUAAUACUACUACUACUACCACUACUACUACUAUUAGUACUACUACUACUAGUACUAGUACUACUAGUAUUACUACUACUACUUUUCUACUAUAUACUACUACUAAUAAAAGUACUACUACUACUACUUCUACUUCUACUACUACUACUAGUAAUACUACUACUACUUCUAGUACUACUACUAAUACUAGUACAACUACUAAUACUACAACUACUACUAAUAAUACUACUACUAAUAUUACUACUACUACUACCAGUACUACUACUAGUACUACUACUAAUACUACUAGUACUGAUACUACUACUACUACUGCUACUACUAGUACUACUAAUACUACUACUAGUACUACUACUACUAGUACUACUACUACUACCACCAAUACUAAUACUAGUAGUACUACUAGUAGUACUACUACUACUACAAGUAUUACUACUACUACUAGUACAAGUAUUACUACUACUACUAGUACUACUACUACUACUAGUACUACUACUACUACUAGUACUACUAAUACUACUACUAAUAAUACUACUAUUACUACUAGUACUACUACAACUACUACUACUAGUACUACUACUACUACUAGUACUGCUACUAGUAGUAUGAGUACUACUACCACUACUACCAGUACUAAUAACACGACUACUACUACUAGUACAACUAUUAGUACUACUAGUAAUACUACUACUACUACUAGUAAUACUACUAGUAAUACUACUACUACUAGUACUACUACUACUAGUACUACUACUACUAGUACUACUACUAAUACUACUACUAGUACUACUACUAAUAUACUACUACUAAUAAAA